GAUCCGGUCUUGGCAUCACCAGAACUGGUAAUGGCAGCACCGGAACUGGUGUUGGCAGCACCGGAUCCGGUGGUGUCAGCGCCGGAGCCAUUGGUGGGGGCAGACGGCGCGCCACCACCGAAAAAGCCAAAACGCGUUUACCGCGCAAAUCAUCAGUAUGAAUGGAAGGAGGUGACCCAUAUCGACGGAAAUUGGAGAUUAUGGAAAAAUGAGCCACUACAGUGCCCAUUGUGCUUUAUGCAAUGUGGUACAACAAGAAGUUAUUCUGCACACUUCUCAAAGUGUGCAGACACCCCCAAGACUGCCCUUAUUGUCCCUAUGUAAAAGUGCUCCCAAACUUUGGGCAGCAUAAAAAGUUUAAAUGCAAGGGGACAACGGUAAUAUACAAGGCAGUCGAAGAGAUGUUUGACUUACGGCGGCGUUGGAGUAUGACCAAAAAUGAAGGGAGAGAUACGGGAUUGGAGGAUACGGCGGAGAAUUCCUACGAAGUGUCGGAGGAGAUGCUCGAUAACAUUUUGGCUCCAGCAGCCAUCUCUUACUUUUGAACAGCUGAUUGUUUAUUUACAAUUUACCGCCAUGGAGUUCGCACUUAAUUUAAAGAUGUUUGAAAAUUAUAAUUUCUCCCACGCAUUCAAAGUUUGGAUGGAUAAGCGAAAAUUGGAUUUGGAGGAAGGGAAGGUGAAUAUGAGUAGUAACCUGAACUUCAUAAUCGAAGGUGAUGAACCUUUGAAAAAGGCGAAAAGAGUUUACCGCACCAAGUAUGUACACCAAUGGAAGGAGGUAGUCCAUAUCGAUGGCAACGGGACAAAAUGGGUCAACGAAAAAUUGCAGUGCCCACUCUGCUUUUUGGCAUGCGCUUCCCAAAGGCAGUACUCCAAGUUUUCCGUGACACCAAAAACCCACAGCUGCCCAUAUUGUCCAUUCAUAAAAGCGCUCCCUAACCUUGGGCAGCACCAAAAAUGUAGGUGCAAAGGAAGGAAGGACACGUUGUACAAGGCAGUUGGCGAGAUGGCACAUUUACGGCAGCGGUGGAAGUUGCAAAAAAAUGAAGAGAGGGCCUUGGAGGAUACGGCGGAGGAUGAUUUGUACGAAGUCUCGGAGAUGCUCGAUCACAUUUUGGGUAAGUUAGAAAAACGCGCCGGAGCCGGUGGUGGCAGCGCCGGAGCCGGUGGAAGAUGGAGCGCCACCUUUUAAGAAGCCGAAGAGAGUGUACCGAUCAAAUUAUGAACACGAAUGGAAGGAGGUUACUCGUGUAGACGCAAACGGCAAAAAUGGAUUAACGACCCACUGCAGUGCCCACUCUGUUUUAUGGAAUGUGGCACAAAGAGGAAAUAUUCUGCACACUUCUCAAAAUGUGCAGAUACACCAAAAACUCACGGCUGCCCGUACAUUAAAGCGCUCCCUAACCUUGGGCAGCACUUGAAAUUCCGAUGCAAAGGAAGGAAGGACUUAUACAAGGCUGUUGGGGAGAUGGCACAAUUGAGGCAGCGGUGGAAAUUGAAAAAAAAUGAAGAGGGCCGUGGAGGAUACGGCGGAGAAUUCCUACGAAGUGUCGGUGGAGAUGCUCGAUUACAUUUUGGCUCCAGCAGCCAUCUCUUACUUUUGAACAGCUGAUUGUUAAUUUACAAUUUACCGCCAUGGAGUUCGCACUUAAUUUAAAGAUGUUUGAAAAUGAUAAUUUCUCCCACGCAUUCAAAGUUUGGAUGGAUAAGCGAAAAUUGGAUUUGGAGGAAGGGAAGGUGAAUAUGAGUAGUAACCUGAACUUCAUAAUCGAAGGUGAUGAACCUUUGAAAAAGGCGAAAAGAGUUUACCGCACCAAGUAUGUACACCAAUGGAAGGAGGUAGUCCAUAUCGAUGGCAACGGGACAAAAUGGGUCAACGAAAAAUUGCAGUGCCCACUCUGCUUUUUGGCAUGCGCUUCCCAAAGGCAGUACUCCAAGUGUUCCGUGACACCAAAAACCCACAGCUGCCCAUAUUGUCCAUUCAUAAAAGCGCUCCCUAACCUUGGGCAGCACCAAAAAUGUAGGUGCAAAGGAAGGAAGGACACGUUGUACAAGGCAGUUGGCGAGAUGCUACAUUUACGGCAGCGGUGGAACUCGCAAAAAAAUGAACGGAGGGCCUUGGAGGAUACGGCGGAGGAUGAUUUGUACGAAGUCUCGGAGGAGAUGCUCGAUAACAUUUUUGCGCCGGAGCCGGUGGAAGGAGCGCCACCUUUCAAAAAGCCGAGAAUAUACCGCACGUUUGUGGAACACGAGUGGAAGGAGGUGGCCCACGUCGACUCCACAGGAAAAGAGUGGAAGAACGCCCAUCUCCAGUGCCCCCUUUGUUUUGCGGAGUGUGGCACAAGAAGGAAAUUUUCGGCCCACUAUUCCAUGUGCGUAGACACACCAAAAAUUUACGGCUGCCCAUAUUGCCCUUAUAUUAAAGCGCUGCCUAACCUUGGGCAGCACUUAAAAUUCAGAUGCAAAGGAAAGAAUGAAUUUUAUAAGGCUGUUGGGGAGAUGGCCGAAUUGCGGCAGCGGUGGAUAAAUAAAAAAAAUCAAGAAAGAGAGAAGAAUACGGUGGAGGAAAUGGAUAAUUCCAUCGAAGCGUCGGAGGAGAUGCUCGAUGGCAUUUUUUUAUUAGACUGAUAUUAAUCAGGUCUCCUGUGGCGCUGUAAUUUUAAAUGUUAAUAUGUAAUUUUAAAUAUUUUUAAUAAAUUAUUCAAAGAAAA